UAAUGCGUAAAACCUUGCUUACAAUGAACCACAAUGGAGAAUAAGUAGGAUCUCAUAGGAGUUCAGGACUUUAUUAACAUUAAACUUUCUUUUUUUUCUAGCAGCAGAACAAUUAUCCGGUGAAUGUAUUUGUAGGUAUUUCUCGUCUGACGGGCUCGUCUGGACAGUGUUUCUACAAGAUAUUUGAACAAGGAAGUCGUCUCAGGCUAACGUUAUGUAGCAAGCUAAUCUCAUUUAUAAACAGUGAAAUCAGCUAACCUUUAACUGUGUUACAAGUUCCACAUACAGGCAUGACAGAGUACAAACUCGUGGUGGUCGGGGCUGGAGGUGUGGGGAAGAGCGCUCUGACCAUCCAGCUCAUCCAGAACCACUUCGUGGACGAAUAUGAUCCGACCAUCGAGGACUCGUACAGAAAACAGGUGGUGAUCGAUGGAGAGACGUGUCUGCUGGACAUCCUGGACACGGCAGGUCAGGAGGAGUACAGCGCCAUGAGAGACCAGUACAUGAGGACAGGAGAGGGCUUCCUCUGUGUGUUUGCGAUCAACAACGCAAAGUCCUUUGAGGAUGUUCACCUCUACAGGUUCGAGAAAAAGAGGCACUCAGACUUGAAAAUGUCAGCUGUCAGCCACAAGUUUAACCUGCUACAGGAGCAAAUCAACCGGGUGAAGGACAGCGACAGCGUCCCCAUGGUGCUGGUGGGGAACAAGAGCGACCUGAGCACCCGCACAGUCGAGACGCGACAGGCCCAAGAGCUGGCACGCAACUACGGAGUGCCCUUUGUUGAGACUUCUGCCAAAACCAGACAGGGUGUGGAGGAAGCUUUCUACUCGCUUGUGAGAGAGAUCAGAAGAUACAAAGAGACCAACCGCAGCAACAAGAAGAGCAAGAAGAGCAGCCAGAGACGUUGUGUUAUACUAUAGCAGACACACAGAGCCAGCAUCCCUGAGCACUUGUUUCACACUGCCCCUCCUUUCUCUAUGGAGAAGUUUCAGACGGGAAAGGAGCCCUGGAUCCAUUUAUUUUGCUGUUACCAUGUCCACGAAGAAUGUGUAGCCACAAGAUUUACUAUUUUCUCAUCCAUGUGCAACAUCUGUACUCAGAGUUUCUUUUUAAAAUUGUGCUUCACUGCAAUUUGCACACAACCACCAAGAGAUGAAUGAAAACCACACACAUUUUUGGAAUUUAGUUAGUUUUUUUUGUUUAACUUUCCAACCAAACAAAUUCAAUUUUUUUCCCCCCAAUCCUUGUAGAAUUUCAGGACUUGAGAUAAAAUAACAAAAUAGAUUCAAAGCCACUAAACUGUUCCCACCUCCCAGGUGCACUUUAUUCUUCUUCUUUUUUUUUUUUUUAGGAGUUUAUUGUAGAGCCACGUCAUUACUGUAGUUACUGUCACUUUAAAAGUUUACUCAGGAACCAGAUCUCUAUCAGGCACUGAGUAUUCGCAGAGCGGUGACAGAUCGGCUGCUUCUGUCCAUUUCACACAAACAUCCACCCCGGCUCUGUUCAGCCACACUGUCCCCGUGUUCGUCUCAGCACCGUUUGUUACUCACUUCAUCACGACUGCUUUUGAUUUGUAAACAACAACAAAUAAGUUUUCAAUCCAAGCGGUACUAUGUGCAACAUUUUGAACAUGCCGAGGACAGUUUUUAUCUCAGUAUUGUCAAAUCAUGUGAUGCUGGACAGAGGAAAAUAUUCAAUAGGACAACUUUUUUUAAUCUUAGAAUUCUGCCUUUGACACUUUCAACCCAAAUGUUUAAAAAGAAAUAAAAGAAAAUGCUGUUUUUCUAUUUUUGUAGACCUGCUAAAAGCAUUCCCCCAGUGUUAAUGGAAAAAAAGAAAACAAUAAAUACAGUUACUAAAAUUAAGGCGAGUUAACUUGAGGUCUGAGUUGCAUCCUUUAAAACAGCGAGUUCCGCAGCGCCGUUGCUAAAUGUGGUAUUUCGAGUCACUCUGUAAAUAGCAUGCUCAAUAUUCUGACUAUUUUGAGAACUAAAUACCCAAAUGGUUUGAGCUGUUUUGCACUGACGACUGUAAAACCUGUGAUGCACUCUGUACUGAACAAAUAAAACGUCUUCAGCUUUUACA